ACGCUAGUCAUUUGGAGCGCUCAGUUAAUUGACGAUCAUCCUGGUGAAAACAUCUCUUGAGAAAAUAUAAUUGAGGAUUCAGAGUUCUUCAUAAUAAGAAGUUUAGUGAUCCUCCUUUGUCUGUGAAAAAUAUUGAGUGAAGAAAAAUCACAGCGAUAUUUUAUAAUAAUAAAACUUUUCCACAAGAACAAUUUGGUGGCUCAACUGCGAAUUUAUGGAAUUUUACAAGACUGUUGAGAGAAUUUAUUUGCUGAUUUUUAAAGUGAUUUUUUGGUGAUUUUUUUUCUUCCAAAAGAAAAAAAAAGUCGUGAUCAAGAGAUUCAACAGAAUCCAAGUGAAUAAUUUUGAAACACAAAGACUCUUUAUUAGCACCUCUUUGCGUGAUUGAAAAUUAAUUUAAUUUCAUAAGAAAAGUAUCGUUUUUCAUUGGACAUGCCAACGGAGUGCGUGGCGAAUCCCCGUCAGCGGGCCCUCGCGGACGCUAUUGUCCGGAUGCUGCCCCUCGAUGAGAUACGCAUCCUCCUAGCGUGUGGGUCGAAGGUUAAUGAGCCUGUGACGCAGGGUCUACGCCCCCUACACUACGCUGUCUGGCAGAAAAAUCUCCCAGCGGUGAAUUUGCUUCUUGUCCGCGGUGCAGACAUCAAUGCUACUGAUGAUUGUGGCUACAGUGCUCUCCAUUUGGCAUCUGAGCAUGGAUACUACGAAUUAACCCAGAUUCUCCUUGAAGCUGGUGCCAAGGUGGACUAUCGUGCACCAACUGAUGAACUCUUCCCCCGUACUACCCUUUGUGAUGAACCCCUUCGUCUUGCAUUGCGCAAUAAGCACUACGACGUUGCUCAGUUGCUCCUGGAGCAUGGUGCUGAUCCCAAUAAGCGUUACUUCUUUGGGGCUGAAAUUAAUCUUGUCUCCGACACUGAAGCUCUUGAGCUUCUGCUUACUUAUGGAGCUAAUCCUGAAACACGCGAUAGGUCCGGUAUGACACCACUUAUGCGUGCUGCUCGACACAGCAAGGGACUGGAACAGGUGCUGUUGCUCCUUCAUUUUGGUGCUGAAGUGAAUACAAUGUCAGAUGCUCGCAAUGACUUCCGUACUGUCCUGCACUAUGCUGUAUUGUCCGGAAAUAUUGGUCUUGUGAAUCUUCUCAUUAAGCAGGGUGCAAAAAUUGAUGCACCAGUGCCAUAUCCAGAGCCAGAUAGGCCUAGCCCUCUUGAUCUCGCCAUUCUUCGUGGGGACCCUGCCCUUGUACGCCUUCUCCUUGAGAAAGGUGCCAAUGUCUGCAGGAGUAGCCCUGUUAUUGGAUCUCCUUUGCAUGUUGCCUGCGCUGAUAGUGUUCCCCACAGAGUUGAAAUCAUGAAGAUGCUCUUAUCCUAUGGCGCAGAUCCUAACAUUAAGGUUGAAAGUGAACCAGAUAGCAAUCAAACGCUAAGACCACCUUUGGCUGAACUUCUAGCCAACAAUGAUACCACAACGUCUGAAGAGCUGCAUUUGCUCCUCCGAUAUGGUGCAAAGGUGUGCCUUAAGACACAAUACCGUGAUCCCGAUGGACUCCUCAAUUGCCUAGCAACGGUGUCCGCUGAUUCAGAUGUGUUCAAAGACCUCCUUGCAUCUGCCGAGGAGUUCGAUCCUUGCAUGAUACGACGCAGCAACUACCUCACCGAGGACCAAAAGAAACUCCUCCUGCAGGUAGCCACGAAUCCUGUCCCGCUCAAAGCUCAGUGCAGGACAUUUUUCCGACGUCUCUGGGGACGAACACUGCCCGAGAAUGUACCAUCGCUCUUUGUACCGCAAGUACUGAAGAAGUAUCUCCUCUAUGAGCACAGCUAGGAUACUCGCUGGCUUUUUUUUCUACCAUUUUUGCCCCCUCUCUGCCAAAGGGGAUUCCUUCUCAACCACUGCACUGCCCUAUCGUCAUUCCUUCGAAUCCCAUUUGCGGAGGAAUGUUGAUUUUUCGAAGGUAGUGUGAAAUGUGAUAAAUUAGAUUGACUUCCCCCUUUGUAAAAAACGCAAAGGGUGAUUAUUUUGAUAAAAUGAGAAAAAAAAAAGAAAUCUAAAAAAUAAAAAUUUUUGUAUGAAGAAUUUUAAUGUGAAGAAUUUGUAAUACAAUUGACGAAUAAAUAAAAAAAUUAUAAUCGA